AUGAAAUUUGUUAGCAUAAUAGUAUUUAUUGUUGUAUCACAAGUCUUACUGGUUGAAAUUCUAGCUUGGGAAAAAAAUAUUUUUGAACCAACUCGAUUAGAGUGUAUACGGAAUCCAGAAAGGAUUUCUAAUUGCACAGGACUUAUUAAACACGAGUCACGAAACAAGAAAGUUAUAUCUUUUCAAGUUGAUUUAGUGAAACCAAUUAAUGCUGCAUUUUUAACUGUACAAUUAUACAAACGUUUUAAUGGUUGGCAACCAUACAUGGUGAAUUUUACAAGCAACUUUUGCGAAUUCAUGAAAAGUGGAAAAGCAAAUUAUGUUGUGAAACUUAUGGCACCAAUAUUUUUUGAGCAUAGCAACGUUAAUCAUUCAUGUCCCUAUAAUAAAAUUUUUCGAAAACAGGGUUUUAUCAAUUAUUUGAGAGUUUUAAAAUUUUGUUUGAGUGGUAUAGGUAUUUAUGUAGUCACAUAA